AGGGGAAAAAUCAAUUAGGGUUUUAGAGAGAGAGAGGGGGAGAGAGAGAUGGAUUGCCUGAAUCCGGCGACGGCACGAAAAAAGUUUCGAAACUGAACGAGGAUCUGGGCGAGUCCGGUGUGAAUAAGACACAUACGAAACCAAAAACGAAGGUCAAGGGCGUAUGCGCGUCUGCAGAUAAUAAUAAGACGAAAAACGAAGAAGAUGAAGAAGAAGAAGAUGAAGAAGAAGAAGCGCAAGAGCAUACCUAUAUUUGGUAUUGUAUAAAAACGGAGAGCUCUUCCGAUUUGAUUUUGGUAAAACAAUGACACUUCUCAUGAAAUCUGCCGAUUUUGCUCUUCAAGUCUACAACAAAACACAUUCGUUGGCAUUCAGUUUGAUGGAGCUGGUGCGUGCAACUGGAGAUGAUUCUAGGGUGGAUUUAUUGUAUAGGGCGAAAUCUAAUGAUCCUUUGUGGCCGCGGCGGCGAGAAGAUCCGGAUUCCAAAAUUUUUCGAGCUCGGGUUUUCGUCACACUUAACUAUGUAGAGUUUGUCCGUCCUGAUGACAUGACCUCCUGCUAUGGAUCUAACACCAGAUCUAACAACUGCCCAGGAUUCGGAGCUACUUACCCUGCGUUAUAAUUUUUCGGUUUUCCUAUCUGAAUUUGCUCAAGAAGUAUGACGUGCAUCUCAGAGUCUCUCCGCAAUUGAAACAUGUAGGCAAAAACUUAUGGAGACGACGGCUUCAGCCGGCGCCUCCGGUGAAGAAGUGGCGACGUACCCCGAAAACCACAGUAGAGGCUCUCGGAAACGAUGUUCUGAGCAUGAUUUUCACUUUUCUCGACCUUGUCCACCUUAUUCGUUGCUUCGCCGUCUGCAUAUCAUGGAGCACGGUGAUUCGUAAACUGUAGUUACUGCAAAUACAGUAUCACAAGCAACAACAGGCAGAAUCUGGUAGUGUUUAUGACGUGUCGAAUUUGUUUGAAACAUCGAUAAAUAGACAAAUGGAGCAGCUAGCUAUGGAUAGACAAAGUUUGUCUUUACAAGAAGGUCCGGUUGAUGUUUUCAAGUGGAAAGCUCACUCGGUAGGGUUUAGCAAAUGCAGAAUGAAGAUGGGUUUGAUUCUCACUGGCGUCGGAGAUAAGGUGAUGCGUCUAUGGUCUGCAGAGAGCUGCAAAGCUUUGGAUGAAUAUCGGUUACCUGAUAAAACACCACUAAUUGAUUUUGAUUUUGACGAGGGAAAGGUUGUUGGUCUUGUGGGGACUCGUGUAUGUAUAUGGAGGCGCGUUGGGACGAGAGAUCUGUUCUCCUCACGCGAAGGCUUGUUUACGAGGGGAUUGUGUAUGCGUUAUGUCGACCCACACGCAGUGAUUGGGUGCGAGGAUGGAAAAGUACGUGUAUUUGACAUGUAUAGCAGAAAGAUUUCACAAAUAAACAAGUAAAUAUCCUUGCUCGAGUUGAAGUUGUUCAAUUCCUACUUUGAGGAGAUAUGCAAGACCCAGUCCUCGUGGGUGAUAUUUAAUGAUCCGUUGAGGGAGGAGUUGAGGAGUUCGAUUUCGGUUGCUUUGUGUAGUAAUGCGUACCGUAAUUUUCUUGCGAGGCUGUGUACCAAAUAUUAGCAACAACGCUGAUAGAUAUAUCAGAUAUAGAGUGGAGGAUAUCAGAUAUAGAGUGGAGGAUAUCAAGGCUCGGAUUAAUGAGCUGUUUCAAGGGAGUUGGGGUGGAAGGAGAGAGAGAGAGAGAGACGAAAGCAGGUAAGCAAUGUAUGUAUGUAUGUAAUCUUGUUUGUGUGUGUGUGUGUGUGUGUGUUUGUAUCAUAUAGUGUAGCUAGCGGCUUCAAAAAAAUGUGAAAAUAAAGGUUUCCCUUCCCUCAGUUCUGCGUAAAUAAAAUGAAAUAUUCUCUAUUAAA